GUUGAUGUUCAAUCAUAUUCUAUGCAUAUGAUGAGUUGCUUUUUUUGGAAUCAUACGUUUUAAAAGAAUGCACCAAUUUUAUUAAAUUGCCUCCCCUCUGUUUCUUUUUUUCUUUCCUUCAUUUAACCUUUUUUUUCGUUAUACAUAUAUAUAUUUUUAUUAUGGAAAACGCAAGUGCGAUGGUAAAAUCAUGGUAUAAAUUAGCAAAUGAUCUUACAGUAUUAUUGAGUGAAACAUAUUCUUGUGAUGUCAUAAUCAAAGUUGGAGAAGAAAAUGAUUUCGAAACAUUUAAAGCUCAUUCUUUAAUAUUACGUGCUCGAUCGGAUUAUUUUAAAGCUGCGUUAUCAACUACAUGGUCAAGAAAGAAUUCUGAUGGAUUUUAUGUUAUAAAAUUAUAUAACAUGAACAUUUCAUAUGAUAUUUUUUACGAAGUGUUAUUCUAUAUCUACGGAGGCUAUGUUUUAGCUUAUGAUUUAGAAGUUACCGAAAAACUUCAAUUAAUGAUAGCAGCGGAUGUUUUGAUGUUAGAUCACCUUAUUAAUUUUCUAGAAGAAGAUUUAAUUUGCCGUGAAAUAGAUUAUGUUAAUAAAUAUACGAGCGAAGUGCUUCUUACAGUCGUACAAAUUUUGGGUUGUAAAGAACUCUUAAAGAUCUGCGAGAAAAAAUUGUUACUUCAACCCAAAAAUUUGUUUUAUUCCGAAGAAUUCUUAUCAAUUCCACGUAAUUACUUGAUUAGUUUACUGGAGCGUAAUGUCUUAGGAUUAAAUGAAAUUACUAUUUGGAAUCGAGUUCUUAAUUGGGCUAUACAUAAUACACCGGAAUGUAUAUCACUUAACAUGAAUAAUAUAGCAGAUUGGACUAUAGAACAAGUUGAUGCUUUAAAAGCGAAUAUUGAUGAAUUCUUACUAUUAAUUAGAUUCUUCAAAAUGGAACCUAAACGUUUUAUUGAAAAAGUUGGACCUUUUAAACAAAUUUUUGAAGAAGAUUUAUAUGAUGAAAUCAUCAAGUAUCAUGAAAAAUCUAUAGAUUUUGAACCGACAUAUGAAGUUUUACCUUUAAGACUUAAUUCAGUUCUUCUUAACGAAUCAUGUUUAAAACCAAUUUCAUCUUGGAUUGAUUUGCCGAAAGAUAAGAGAAAUGAUUGGUAUAAUAAAUAUGAAAAAACGAAUAUAAAAAUAAAUUAUGAAGAAAUUCCAUACGAUUUUCAUAUUUUAUAUCGAUGUCUAGGAACUAAAUUAACUGAAACAGGAUGGUGUAAAUAUGUCUAUAAUCAAGGCCCAACUUUAACUGUCAUUAAAAUAAAAGAUGAUUCAGUACCAUUAAUCUUUGGAGGUUAUAGAAAUAUAAGUUGGUCUGAAGAAAAUAAUGAAAAUGGAAUUGGUGGAGAUGGAUUUACAUUUUAUUCUUAUGAUAUAAAUGGUUAUAUAAAAUUUCGAUGGGUUGACAAGCAUCUUGCUUUAAAUAUGCAUCUAGGUAGUAGAAAUAAUUCCUAUGAUUUUAGGCGAGGAAAAAGUAUAUACAUAGACGAGAUAUAUACUAUAGAUACUUUUGAAGUUUUUAAAGUUGUAAAAAAAGAAGAUUUAUAAUGGAGUAAUAAUGUAUGAUAACAAUUCGUAUAAUAAUGAUUAAAAAUAGUAAUAUUUCGGAUAAAUGAAAUUAAGUGUUCUUAAUAUAUAGUAAAUUUUCCUUUAGUUCAUAAAAUUUAUUUCUUGGUCAUCUCAUUAAACUAUUUAUUCAACGAUACCUGUUCUUAGGGAUCGGUCUAUAAAUUAUUUAAUAAACCCGCGAAAUGAUAAAAUAAUAUAAAAUUUUCAACCUUUCGCUAUAAUUUUAUCAUGUGACUCCUUGAAAAUUUG